UUCAUCAACGAACUAAUUACAAUGGCCAACUCACGAAGAGCACUCACAUCGUCAGCGUCAACACUUCGCCAGCUCGCUGAGAGCAGCCGCACAGCAGCCUGGCGCACCACGCCCCGCCUCAUGAGCGCAGCUCGACCAGCAGCCGCGUCCUCACCUUUGCCACCCUCAUUGCCAGCCACUCCAGCACUCCGUGCCUUCUCCUCGUCCUCGCCACGCUCCAUGUUCAUCCAAACGGAAUCAACCCCGAAUGAAGACUCGCUCAAGUUUCUCCCAGGGCAACAAGUAAUGGCGAGCGGCACAGCGGAAUUCAUGGACAAUCGCGAUGCCAUGCGUUCCCCUCUCGCCAAGGUCCUCUUUGGCCUCGAAGGAGUCAAGUCCGUCUUCUUUGGUCCGGACUUUGUGACGGUGUCCAAAGUUGGGGAGACGAGCUGGGGGACGUUGAAGCCCGAGAUCUAUUCGAGGCUGAUGGAGCAUUUCACUGCAGGAAGGGCGUUGUUCGAUGAGGAGGGGCUGGAGCAAGGAAGCAGUGAUACCACCAUCCUGGACACCGACUCAGAGACGGUCGCCAUGAUCAAGGAGCUGCUCGACACUCGUGUGCGCCCGGCGAUUCAGGAGGAUGGAGGCGAUCUCGAGUAUCGCGGCUUUGGAGAGGACACGGACGGUCUAGUGCGCAUCAAGCUGAAAGGGUCGUGCAGGGGCUGCGACUCCUCGUCUGUGACGCUCAAGAAUGGCGUCGAGAGAAUGCUGCAGCAUUACGUUCCUGAAGUCCAGGGAGUGGAACAGGUACUGGAUCCGGAGGAGGAGAUCAGCCUGGACGAAUUUGCGAAGCUGGAGAGCAAAUUGAGCAAGGAUAAAGAGGCCGAGAGGAAGAGGGAGCAGGCCAUGGGAUUCAGUGUAUAGACGGCCUUGUGGCUAUGGCUCUUUCUCUCUUUUUGAUAUCAACCG